AUGAAUUCUUAAAACUCUAUAGAUUAUGAAGAUUUUACUUUAGUAGAUGUUGACAGUUCCUAUAAGAAGAUUUAACAUUUUCUAGAAUAUAAUGCGGUUUUUGUGUUGAAUCACACAUCAAUCUAAAAGGUUACUCAAAAUCUAUAAUAUUUAGGUUGCUCAAAAUGGCUAAUGGAUUUAAUGUCUAAGUGAUUUAGAAAAAGAAUUAAAAGCCCUACUUUCUGACAGAGUCAUCAAUUUACAAUAUUUACCCUAAUAUUUAAAUCAAAGAUUAUAGCCAUUCAUUAUAUUUAUUUUGAACAAAAUGUAUAAUUUAUUUUGAUCAAUUAGUAUCUAUGAUUAAAGGAGAUUGAAAUUACAAUGUUAUCUAAAUGAGAUCCUUUUUUUAGUUUAGAAAUUGGCUUUCAAAAUUUGGAAGUAAUAUCCCAUAUAAGUAUUGUCAUUAUUCAAAGAAAUACACAAUCUUUAAACUAUUGAAUUUUAUAAUAGUCGAAUUACUGAAUUGUAAGUUUAUAAUUAAUGCAUAACUCAAUUUUAUAAUGAAAGAAUACUUUAUAAUCUCUCAAAUGAAGUAGAGAUUAAUAUAGAUCAAUAAUAAAUGUAAUCUUUUUAUCCUCUAAUAAAUGAGGUUCUCGAUUAAUUAUACUUGGAGUUGAAUGUCUAUAAUUUCUCACCAUUUUAACGUAUGCAAAUUCAUUACUUUUAUAAGAAUGGUGGUUUUGAUCUAUUAAAUGAUUCAUUUAAUCAUUUCACUCUUAAACACUUAGAUUACUUACACAUUUAAUAAUAUUUCAAAAAAUACAUUGAUAAACAUGUAUAUAUGAAGUAUUUUCAACAUUUAAACUUUUGGUCAUUAGCCUAUAAAUUAUCUGAUGAUGAUAUUAAAAAUUCUACUGAAAAAUAUCUAAAUUAAUUUAUUUUAUUUACACCAACCUUAAUUUCAAAUUAAAAUAUGUCUUAAGACAAAUAAACAUAAUAAAUUUUAUUUUAAAUGAGAAUUUAUUUAUUGUGUCUCCGUUGUUCAUCAAUCCAAAAACGUAUUUAUGGUAAUCAAAAAUUCAUAUAUUUUAUUAGGGUUAUAGUAAUUAGGUAAUAUUAUCAUAAUCAACAAUAACUUAACAUCUACAUAGAAUUUUAAAAAUAAUAAUUAAGUGGUUUUAAAUUUUUUAGUAGAAAAUUAAGUAUUCCAAGAUUUAUUUGGAGAGAAAUCUCAUUAUGAAUUAAUCAAUCAUUCAUUCCCUAUUGUGAAGUUUCUUUAUUUGAAUAAAAGUAUAAAAGGAGAAGAUUUGGUAACUAUUUUUAAAUUGGCAAGAGGUAAACAUGAAACUUGGAUGCAUAGUAUUUAAAAAAUAUUAUAGAAUUUAGCAGAAAUAUUAAAUAUAGAAGAUGUAUAGAUUAUGUUAUAAAACAUUAAAUCUAAUCCUAUAGGUUUGGAUGGUUUAAAUUUCAUAAAAAGUUUAGGUAGAAAUGAAUAUUUAAGUAAUGGUUUUGUUAAUAAUGCUAAAGAUUGUGUAGUUAUUGAUAGUAAAUAUAAGAAAUAAAAAUUAAAUACAUAAGAUGACUAUAAGGUAAUUUAAUUUGGAGAUUGUACUAAUUAAGAGAAUAAAUCUUGUGAAGAGAAUAUCUUAUCUCAAUAAAAAUCUAAAUAAUAAUUAUAAAUUAAAAACUAAAUUGUAGAAUAUUUAUUUAUUGUUGUACAUGAAUAAUGCAAUAAUUUGAUAGGUAAAACAGCAUUUGAUAUUGCAAUUGAACUUAUUUGUUAUCAUUUUCAAUGUUUAAGAAUUUAAUAUUUGAUUAUUGCUAUCGAAGCUUUGAAUUCAAAUCAAACCUAAUUAUCUAUAUAUCAUUAUUUUAUUAUGAUUUAAUAAAUCAUUUAAUCCUCAUAUCCAAUUUCAAAAUUUUAAAAUUCUAUUUAAUUGUUAAUAUGGAUGCAAUAGACAUUUGAUGUUAAAUUUAAUUAUUUAAAAUUGAUAUAAAGAGAAAAAUUAAAAUCACUUAAGAAAGUGGAGAAUGAAUAUUUGUAGGUGAUUACUUAAUGUGUUAAUUUCUAUGAAUUUUUAAAUUAGAAUAGUAAAAUUAAACAAUAUGAAUUAUAGUUAUUGUGGAAAUUGCUCCAAGAAAAUGCUAGAUGUCUGGAAGAGAAAGAUUUAUUUUUUAAUUGGUCUUUUCGAUAAACAAAUCUAGAAUAGGAUGCCAUUGAAUGGCUACUAUUUGAAAUUAUCAAAUAAUAAUAAAAAUCAUAAUCAAUGCUUAGAUGUCUUAUCAAAUUAUUUCUUCAUUUCAAUGUCAAAUUAAAAGUGAUGAAAAAAAAUAAUGAUGAUGAAUAUGAGUUAUUAGAUUAAAAUAUGAUAGGUAUUGAUGUAUUAUGGAGAAUAUUUCAUUCUCAACCUGAAUUAUACAAUCAAUUAUCUGACUUUUUUAUCAAAUUGUUAAAAAUGUAAUCAAACUCUAACAUUUUAAAUAAUUUAAAAUAAUACUAUUUAAAUGAACUAUUUUCAUAAAUUUAAAAUCCUACAUCAAUUUAAUUAGUAAUCUAAUUAUUAGAAGCAUUUGAAGGAUUUAUGCUUAUGGAUUAAGAAGAAAAGAUCUUAAUUAAUAUUCUUAAUAAUUGUUCAAAUGCUUUAAAUCCAAAAAAAUAAGAAAUUUUAAUAUCAAGUAAUUUACAAGUUUAUCAUGCUAAAUAAAUUAUUGGUUAGAAAUUGAAUCCCUAAAUGAAACCAGAAGGAUUCGAUAUAUUUUGCAAAGGCACUAUAUUUAAGGAUCAUAAGACUUUAAAAGAUUACAAAGUCAACUCUAAAUUAACAUUCAUAUUAUCAAAUAGAGAUUAUAAUGAAACUCAUUAAAAAUUAGAUUAAGAUGUAAAUGAAAAAAUAAAAAAGAUUUAAGAUAUUGUAAAUAUUUAUAAUAAGCAAUAUAUUUUAUCAAUAUUGAAAGAUAGAAAUUGGGAUGUAGAUCAUGCAGUUGAAGAUUUAUUGGAAAAAGGAGAUCAAUUAUAUAUUGAGUAUCAAUAGAAAAAUAUCAAUCUUGUUACUUUAAAUAAAAUUGAAAAUAAUUCUUCAUUUGCAUUCUUGAUUUCAAAUUAAUAUAUAGAAUAAUUAUUCAAGUAGCUAAAUUAAGAAAAUUAAGAACUAAAUGAAAAAAUUUGGAGUAUAUUGUAGAUGAUUCCUAGUAAUUAAUAGGUUUAUUAAUUGAUCGAAUCCUCAUAAAAUGAUUGGAGUAAAUUGUUUAUUGUUGAUAAUAAAUAUCGUUUAUAAUACCACUUAUAAAUACUAAAAGAAUAAUUAUCUUGCGAUUAUGCAGAAGAAUAAGAUUAUUAUAAAAAUUUGAGACAUAAUUUCUUAUCCAAAGGAGGUUUGCAAUUAUUAUUAAAUAAUCUUGAUUAACCAAAAGAAAUAUUAUUAAUUAUUUUGGAUAUAUUUUAAAUGUAUUUAAAUAGUUAUGCUAUUAAUUAAAUUAUAGAUAAUGAUUAUAUUUGUCUACUUAAAUUAAAAUAAACGAAUUAAAUAGCAAGUUUGUUUCUUGUAUAAAAUUUAUUAUAAGAUAAUGAAAUAUAAGCAUUGCAAACUUAAAAUUAAUUAUUUGUAUAUGAUAAAAUUGAUAUUCAAAUUAAUUGGGAUAAUUUGUUAUAGAAUUUAUUCUAAAGAAUAGAUAUUGAAUAAUGUUAUACAACUAUUUUGUGUGUUCUUUAUAUUAAACCAAAUCUAUUAAGUCAAUAAAUACCAAUCAAUAAGUUAUUUUAAUUGUUAACUAAUAAAUCUUCAGAAUAACGUAAAUUAAGUGCAAUUUUUAUUCUUACACUUAAUAGUAUUGCUUAGAAAUUUGGAUAUGAUUUGAGUAAAUAAUUGUUAAUUGAAUUUAUUAAAAGAGAAACAGAGUAAUUAGAAUUAUUUAUUGUUAUUGGAGAAUUAAUUGAAUAAGCUAAUGAUAUAUCUUUUUUAAAAACUUAAGAUUUAGUUUUACAAAUCUUAAAUUUUAUAAAGAGUAGAUAAAUAAUUGAAUCACCAUUUAGAGAGAAUGAAGAUAAAUUAUUGUAGGGUAAUUUAUUAUUAUUAAAAUCAUUAUUAAAGAGAGAUUCAACUUUAUCAGAGAAUUUGAUUGAUGAUGAGUUCUCUCAAUAUAUCUAUGAAUGUUUAUUUGAAAUGCAAAAUAAUUAUUCAAUAUAUCCAAUCUAUAAGAGGAAUAAUACUAGGAAAAGAGCUUUUGAUUUAUUAUUAGAGUUAAGUAAAAUUAAGAAACAUCUCUUUCGGAUUCUAUAUUUAAUUUAAAAGAAUCAGUCAAUGGCAUAUAUAUCAUCAGAUCAAUAUUGUGAAUUUGGUAUUAAGGGAUCUCAUGGAUAUGUUGGUCUCUAUAAUGAAGGUGCCACUUGCUAUAUUAACUCACUUUUAUAAUAAUUAUUUAUGAACAUUUAAUUUCGUAAAGGAAUAUUGAAUGGAUAAAUUCUUAUUAGAGAUGAUGAUGAUAAAUUAAUACCUCUUGUAAUAUAAAAUCCAUGUUUAUUGAGUUAAGAACAAAUUAAGGAUUUAAAUGAUCAUACAUUAUUUCAAUUAUAAUUCGUUUUUAUUUAACUCUAGGAAUCUGUUAAAUAAUAUAUUAAUCCAAUCUAGUUUAUUAAGACACUUCAAGGAUUUGAUGGAUAGUACAUUAAUCCAAUUAUUUAAGGAGAUUGUAAUGAAUUUUUUAAUUUAUUAAUUUUAAAAUUAGAAUCAGAUCUCAAACCUACAUUACAAUCUAAUUUAAUAAAUCAAAGUUUUGGUGGUACAUUAGUAAAUGAAAUUAAAUCAUAAGAGAUUAAUUGUGAUUUUUAGAAAGAAACAGAAGAACCAUUUUUAACUGUUUCAGUUGAGAUUAAAAAUAAAUAGAAUUUAUUUGAAGCUUUAGAUUUUUUUGUAAAAUCAGAUGUUUUAGAUGGAGAGAAUCAAUAUUUUUGUGAUGAAGUAUAACGUAAAAUUGAUGUUGAAAAAAGAUGUUACUUCUUAAAAUUACCUAAAACUUUUAUUUUUCAUCUUAAACGAUUUGAAUUUGAUAUAAAUACAAAUACUCGAAGUAAGAUUAAUGAUUAUUGUGAAUUUCCACUUGAAAUCAAUAUGUUUAAAUGGACUCGUGAUAAUAUUGUAGAACAUAAAUAACUUGAUAAUUUUUAAGAGUAUUAAUAUAUGUUGAAAGGUGUUUUAGUUCAUACAGGAUGUGCAGAAGGUGGACAUUAUUUUUCAUACAUAAAAGAUAAUUAAAACUUAUGGUUUGAAUUUAAUGAUAAAUUGAUUCUUCCCUUUGAUAUUUUAAAUUUAAAUGAAUAAUGCUUCGGAGGUAAUUCAAACAAAGACAAUUAAUGGGGUAUGUAGAAUAGUAAGAAUGCAUAUAUGUUAUUUUAUGAGAAAGUUAUACAAUCAGAACAUGAGACUUAAGUUGAAAUUGAAGAUUUGGGAGAGGAGGAAUAAAAGAGGGAUCUUGAUAUUGAAAAUAAUAAUGAAAUAUAUUUGAGAAAUGAAGUAAUAAGAUAAAAUACAUUGUAUUUAAUGAAUAAGUUAUUGAAUGAUCAAGAGUAUAUCAAUUUUUUAUAAAGACUUUUAUAAUUUGGAAUAGAAAAUAUUGAAUCAUAUUAUCAAUUUGAAUUGCUUAAAUUGUUUACUGUAUUUACAUUUAAAUUAUUUCUCUAAAACAAGAAUUAAUAGAUAUUUUAAAAUAAUAUAAGAAUUCUGAACAAUAGUUAUUAUAAAAAUAGUUAAGCAUGUCUUUAAUUAGUAGAAUAUUGGACAUAGAAUAAAUAAAUAUUGAUUGAACUUUUAGUAGAAUCUUAAACAAUUGAAAGUGCUUAAGUAUUAAAUUUAGUAAUUGAAUAAGCUAGGAAAAUGAAUGUGUCUAGUGUAGAUAAAUUCUUCGUAUGUUAUUUGAGUGAAUUAUUACCAAUAAUAAGGUAUAAUGUUAAGAAAGGAGUUUAUUACUUUGAUGUAAUAAGUCAUAAUUUGGAUAGUGAUGAGGGUUUGUUAAAGUAAAUAUAAUAGAAUGGUUAUUUUAAUAAGUUUUAUUCAAUAUUGAAAGAGAAGAUAUAAUUAUUGUAGGGUAGUAAUUAUUUAAAAAUAGUAUUAACAAAUUAUGAAUCUUUAAUUUUGAUAUGCGAGAUAUUAGGGAAAGUGAUUCAAAGUUGUAUAACAAUUGGUAUGUAAUAAUGUAACAUUCAGGGAUUAUGUCCAACUUAUUGUUAAAAGGGGUAAUUAAAUUUGAAUAUUGAUUAAUUAUGGAUUGAGGAAUUAUUUGAGAAUGAUGAUUUUAGGAGAUACAUAUUAUCAAUGGUUUAGCAUUAAAAAAAAUUGGUUUAGAUGAUUAAGCAUAUUUGUUGGAAUGAUUAAAAUAUCAGUUAUAGAGUAAUUGAAUAGAUAGUUGUUUAAAUAUUGGAUUAUAAUAAUAAAUGGUAAUAGUUGGAAUAAAUAACAGAUGUCUUAAUAGAAAUACUUAAUAUAGAGGAUGAAUUAUAAGAGUUUCGCAUAAAAUUUAUAUUUUCAUAUGAAUAAGACUUGAAAUCAUAAAUUAGGGGUACAACAAUUAUGUAAACAAUUUAAAAAGAUGAUUUGAAUUACGGAAUAGGCAUAAUUUGUAUGAUUGCAUAAUUAGGAACUAGUGUGUUUGGAAUGUCUGAAUAUUUAAAUUAAAAUAAAGAAGAUUUUGAAUUUACAGUAUAUAAAUUAAAAAUGAAUUUGAAUUAUCAAUAUACAAUUGAUUAUCCUGUUGAAAAAAUUGGAAUAGCUAUUAAAUAAGUAAAUUUUAUGUAUUGAGAUUAGUUGUAAAGUAUUUUUAAAUUAGAAGUUGAUAUUAAUUUUGAAGAAGAUGACAAUUAAAAACAAUUUAGUAAAGAUGAUAAUUAAAAAUAAUUUGAUAGAGUAUCCCAAAAUUUAAGUGAUUAAGCUUAAGUAGACAAUGAUGAAACUAAUGAAAUUUCUGAAUGA